CAAGCCCAAGUCUAAUUCCGAAAUACACCAACCCUAGCCCCGAAUUCCCCCACCCAUCCUCCCAAUCCCACCAUCGCCGGCGUCUCACGGCAACCGGCUCCAUCAUUUCUACCAACACAUUCUAGCUUCAAACUUCAUCGAAAAUGCGUCCAAUAUUGAUGAAAGGCCAUGAACGGCCUUUGACUUUCCUCAAGUACAAUAGGGAUGGCGAUCUUCUUUUCUCCUGUGCCAAGGAUCACAACCCCACCGUCUGGUUCGCUGACAACGGCGAGCGAUUGGGGACUUAUCGUGGUCAUAAUGGUGCCGUUUGGUGCUGUGAUGUUUCCAGAGAUUCAAUGCGGCUGAUCACUGGAAGCGCGGAUCAGACGGCAAAACUGUGGAAUGUACAAACUGGACAGCAACUUUUCUCCUUCAAUUUCGACUCACCUGCUAGGGCAGUUGAUUUCUCUGUCGGGGAUAAGCUUGCAGUGAUUACCACUGAUCCUUUCAUGGAGUUGCCUUCUGCUAUUCAUGUCAAACGCAUUGCCAGAGACCCCUCGGAACAGACUGGUGAAUCUGUGCUCGUUCUUAAGGGUCCCCAGGGAAGAAUCAAUAGAGCUGUUUGGGGGCCUCUAAAUAAGACCAUUGUGAGUGCAGGCGAAGAUGCUGUUAUUCGCAUUUGGGAUUCUGAGACAGGUAAACUUUUAAAAGAAUCAGACAAGGAGACAGGCCAUAAAAAAACAAUAACUUCCCUUACAAAAUCCUCUGAUGGUUCACAUUUUAUCACUGGUUCUUUGGACAAGUCUGCAAGGCUGUGGGAUAUUAGAACGUUGACGCUCAUCAAGACGUAUGUGACAGAACGCCCAGUCAAUGCAGUUACAAUGUCUCCACUUCUUGAUCAUGUGGUGCUUGGUGGUGGUCAGGAUGCUUCGGCUGUGACAACAACUGAUCAUCGUGCAGGAAAGUUCGAAGCAAAAUUUUAUGACAAGAUCCUUCAAGAAGAGAUUGGAGGUGUGAAAGGGCAUUUUGGACCCAUCAACGCUCUGGCUUUCAACCCCGAUGGAAAGAGCUUUUCAAGUGGAGGUGAAGAUGGUUAUGUAAGACUGCAUCAUUUUGACCCCGAUUACUUCAACAUCAAGCUGUAAAUGAUGUGAGUGUGGGAGAGAGGAUGAUACACUUCUGUUGCUUUUUUGGAUGCCACAUUGUAUUAAUUUAUAGGCUUGAAUUAUUGUAGUUGACAACCCCUUGGCUCUUUAAAUUUCUUACUUAACAAAUAUCUUGGCAGCUAUAGCUUCGCCUAUGAACUAUUUAACCUCAGUGUCAAAGGUUUGCUAUGGUGCUGUGAGCUCCAAUGAAUUGUCCAUUUUCUUGUU